GCUGGCAGUGCUGGCAAGGGCUGUUGGGAGUUGUAGGCUAAAACAUCUGGAAACAUACAAGUUGUCUAGUCCUAAGCAAUAGGAUUGUGGUCAAUACCUGUGAUUUGGCACUCUUCCUUUCUCCCUCCCCUCCAAAGUGCUGAAUAAUCUCCUCCCAAUGCGGAUGUCUACAUUUUUUCUUCUUGCACUUAGCUUCAUUGAUCCUGGAUCUGUUUUUAUAGUUGUUUAUAAUCAUUUUUAGAUACAUUUUUCUGUGUAUGUUAUAUGUUUUUGUGCUUUUAAAUUUUGUAUAUUGUUUUUAAUUGUUUUAAUCUUAUGCCAACCACCCAGAGCUUCGGCUAUGGGGCAGUAUAAAAAUGUUAAUAAUAAUGAUAAUGGUUCUCUAUUUGCAGACUGGCUGCGACCUAACAAUGGAGGCAAGAGCAGCAAUGAUGCAAGACUUGCUGCUUAAUGCCUUAGAAGGACUUGGCGAAGAUGACUUAAAGAAAUUUAAGUUCAAGUUGCGUAACACAGAAACUCCCACAGGAAGGAAUAUUCCUAUUGGUCGGCUGGAGGAAGCAGACCGGGAGCAGCUGGCACAACUUCUAGUAGAGUUCUAUGAGGACAAGGCCUCUGCCCUGAUGGCAACUAUCUUUGAAGACAUGGGUCUCAAGCUCAAUGCUUCUGAGCACAGAAAGGCGGUUGGGAAGCGAGUUCAAGAUUAUAAAAAGAAGUAUGCGGAGAAUGUGAAAGAAGAUUAUGAGGUGAUCGAAGACAAAAACUGUCGGCUCGGUGAGAACAUCCCUUUGAAUGAGCGCUAUGUAGAGUUGCUUAUUAUCAGAAAGCAUCGGUCUCAGAAGCAGAGAGAGCAUGAACUAGUUGCUACUGGUAGGCUGCACAUGGAGAUCCUGGAAAGCAACAGUGCUGAUUAUGCAUCAAUUGAUAUUGAAAGCCUUUUUGAACCUGAUGCAUCAGGAAGAACCCCAAGAACAGUGGUAUUGCAAGGACCUGCAGGGAUUGGUAAAACAAUGACUGUGCAGAAGAUCAUGCUGGGUUGGGCGGUUGGGCAACUCUAUUCAGAUGUGUUUGACUACGUGUUUUGCAUUCGCUGCAGAGAAUUGGUCCUUGCUAAAGAAGCCAAUAGCCUGGCUGACCUUAUUGCAGAAUGGUAUGGAGACAGUCAAGCCCCAGUGGAAGAAAUCUUAGCCCACCCUGAAAAGCUGCUUUUCAUCAUUGAUGGCUUUGAUGAGCUUCAUUGCUUUUUAGAGACUGGAGGAGAUCAUUGGUGCAAUGAUCCUUAUUCAAAGGUGUCCAUGGAAGGUAUUCUAAGCAGCCUGCUGCGGAAGAAACUCUUACCAAAGUCUUACCUGUUAAUCACCACAAGACCUGGAUCUGUAGAGAGGCUGCAGGAAUGCCUGAAGUUUCCCAGAUUCAGUGAGAUCCUUGGAUUUUCCAAAAAAGGGCGCGAGGAAUAUUUUUCCAAGUUUUUUGAAGAUCAGCGGAAAGCCAACAUAGCACUGAGAUUCAUUGAAAAUACCACUGCAGUGUCCACCAUCUGCUUCAUCCCCAUGGUUUGCUGGAUCAUCUGUUCGGUCAUUAAAAAGGAAUUGGAAACUAAAGAUGAGAUUGUGGACAUCAUGGAUACCACAACAAAAGUCUUUAUUCAGUUUUCGCACAAACUCCUUGAGGAAGAGUCCAAGAAAAGGAAGAUGUUCCCUCUGAAUGAGUUCAGAAAGCUCUGUUCUUUGGCACGAGCCGGCAUGCUGGAACAGAAAAUCCUCUUUGAGGAGCAGGAUCUCAAGGAACAUAAUUUGGAUGUUUCUGCUCUUAGAGACCUGUUUUUAGACAGAAGAACAUUCCAAAAGGUGAUUGGCCAACACAACCUCUACAGUUUUCUCCACCUCUGCUUUCAGGAAUUUUUUGCUGCCAUGUGGUAUUUUCUGCAGCAGGAGCCAACAGGAGAGCCAGCUAAUACAGAAGAUCUGAAAAGACUCUUAGUUGAGUGUGAGAAGCCGGGCAAUGAGCAUUUGACAUUAACUAUGUGCUUCUUAUUUGGCCUGAGUAAUGAAGAUGUGCGCACCUUCCUUGAGCAAACAUUGCAGUGCAGGACAUCUGACCUUGUGAAGCCUCUCUUAUUUCAGAAAGCAGUAGAAAUAGCUGCUGAGAAUCCUCCUCAAGAAGGCUAUUCCCUACUGAAGUUUUUCCACUGUCUGUUUGAGAGCCAGGAAGCAGAAUUUGCAAAGUGUGUGAUGCAUCAUUUCCAGAUUAUUGACCUUUCUUCCAAGACACUCUCAGUGCUGGACUGCAGAGUGUUGGCGUUCUGCUUGCAGCAUAGUACAAUCAAAGAUCACUCCCUUGAUCUAACGUUUUGCAGGUUGAAAUCUCAUCACAUCAAGGCUUUAGGGCCAGGAAUAAAAAACUGUGCAACUUUAGAGUUUGGAAGUAACAAACUUGGAAACUCAGGAGUGCAUGUUCUCUGCACCUUUCUGAAGGAACUAGAUUGUAAUAUGACCACUCUGAAUCUUGCUGAAAAUUACCUCACAGAUGCCUGCGCCCAAGAACUUUGUACUACUCUGAGCACCAGCCAAGCACUCUACAGUCUACAUCUUCACGAUAAUUCCUUCACAGCAGCAUCUGUGUCCUUCAUCCAACACCUCAUAGAGACUUGCACAAGCCUGUCUAUCAUACAUUUGGGAUCAAAUUGUUUUGGUGACAAAGGAAGAAAAUACCUGGAACAGCAAGGAAAAAAGUUAACUAAGUCAGGACGUCGUUUUUUAUUUUGGAUGUGAUGACAGAUUCUUGCCUAUCUACUUUGGACCAAAAGCAGCCCUAGAACCAAAAGGUGAUAUGUUACUUGAUCUGAUGGACUUGUUAAAAAGAAGUCACACAGCUUCAAGGCGGCAAAUGCAGAGAUACUAAUAGUAAUCCCUCCCAAUCAAAAAGAUUGACAUCCCCCUUUCUUUUCCCUCAUUCUUUUGGGUUUCUCUCUCUCUGUCCCUCCCCCUCUCUUCUUCCCUCUCUCUCUUUUAAUAUAAUACCAUAAUAGGCAAAUUAGCAAAUGUGAAAGUGAUCAUUGUGAAUGAUUUAAUAUGUACAACAUGGAACUGAACACACAUCAGUGAGUUGUAUUAAUUCAGCAUUGAAAGGGUUAAAUAAUAUUGCCAACUAGAGAUUGAAGGGGUUACUUUGAGUUGGUUCUUAUUGCCUGAAAUUAUACAUUUUGGUCCUGAGAUGGUUGCAUAAUUUGAUUUAGGGAAUCUUCUUUUUAAAAAAAAUCCCUAAAAGACCCCAGAUUUGUGUUUGAGAAGACACCUGACCCAUGAGCAAGAUACCCCAGCCUUGUGUUAAUAAGCUGACAGCAUCAAACAGCCCUGAACUGAAGGCUGUGACAAUUAAUUAAAAAUUGGCACUAAAAGAAAUAGCUUUGUACAUUAUGGCUGUGUUUUGAGGUCACAGCAAGCUGUUCUUUGAUUUAAGGCCUGCCAGCUACUGAUAAGGAAUUGGGGAGAAACCUAACUUUGAUUCAUGCUCAGAUGCUGGUUCUGAGCAAAAGACUGCUUGUGCUAUGCACUUGCAUAGAUAAAUUCUGGGAGCAUCUUUACUUGAAGCCUGUUGGUUCAGAAGCCAUAACAAUGACAUCAACAAUGGCUGGGAGGAGGUGUAGAUGGCAGAGAUGACUGAACCAUAACCAUGAAUUGAAAGAAGAAUUAUUGGAGGAAUGUAGCAGUGAAGAUAAUGUGCCCAGAUGGGGGAAUUACAGGUAAUUUAAAACUAGUCUAUUUAUGAGCAUGCUGAAGACAUCUGGUCAUAAAACAUGAGAUAAUUUUUUUUUGCAGGGUGGGGGAAUAAGUGGACAUCUCAGUUCUGAUUGGUGAAUGGGUGGUUUCACUACCCAUGCACCUCAGUUUUGAUUGGAAAAUGGUUGUCCCUCAUUGAGGCCAUCAGCUAUGACCAGAGAAAGUGUAUAAAUGUUACUUGCUACUACUUGCUUUUGCCUCUGCUCCAAAGGAUUUAGGUAACUAUGGACCUUAUAAUACUUAGGCUCUCAGAAAAUUUUAACUCUUUGUUUUCUAGAGUUAGGUCUUAGAAUAGUUCCUGAAGAUGGGAUUUAGCCUUAUUUCAGAGGAUGGAUCUUGGAAUUAUUUCUAAACUGAAAGGUAUUUUAGAAUAAAAGUUGGUUAACUCUUUUAGUUUCAAAUACAAAUAAUCUUUUUAUUGUAAUUGACUUUUAGGUUCUGAAACUGAAUGUAAAGUUUAGAUCUAAGGCCUUAGAAUUGAUGCAACAAUUUUUUAGAAUUGAUGCAACAAUUUUAUAAUUUUAUAACCCUUAGGUCCUAGAAAUGUUUUAUUUAAACCACUUAAUUUUCACAUUUAGAAUUUGCUUUUCUUUCUUUAGCAUCUACAUAUAACCACAUAGGUGCCAAAUUUAAUCCUCCAUAUGCCUAGAGGAAUUUACCAAUAUUUUAAGAUUAGCUUUUUAACAUUAAAGUAGUGCGCAGUAGCAAGUCAAGGAGAAAUUAGAAAAUUUAACAUGUUUUAGUUUAGCUUUAAAAUGCAAGUAAAAUACAGGAAGAAGUUACAGAGUAAUCAUAUUAUCCAAAAAGUGCUUGGAGCUCAAUUUGCUAACUUGUUCACUAUAUUUGCAAUGCCAGCUGUGCAAUCUUUUAAUCCUUUUACCUAAUCUCAAAUUCAUAUUAUAUUCCUUUUCACUGCUGACAAUGCAAUCACAAAGAAGCUUCCAAAUUGUGCUCGUGUAACCACUCAGCUAAUACUAUUUUGUAAUUUUCUUAAAUAAAGCAUUCAGUGCAUUUCAAUUUA